AUGGAUGGACCAGACCUUGGACGCGUCGAGUCGCUCGACUCAAAGAUACAGACGCCAUCGACAAUGCGCAUGGGCGUGCCGCGUAUCGACACGGAACCACUUAUUACUGCCCUCAAAGCCGCCAUUGGAGAGUCCUGGCCAGAGUACAAGUCCACCUUGUCUUCCUUCUUCCUAGGAAAACUCAACCAGGCCGAAUUGUCCCAAGUCACGGAUCGACUCCUCUCGUACGCACCGAGCGUCUCAUACAAUGGUGCCCUGAUCUCGACCGUCCAUCUACACAACAAAAUAUUCGGUGCUAUAUACUCAAAUGUCCACCGUGACCCUCCACCGGAACCCGUCGCAUCAUGGGUGCUAGCCACCGAUGCCCCAGCCUCGGCCAGCGCAAACAAGUCCGUCCCACAGGGUGGUGGUGACAAGGCAGAAGAAAGAUUAAAACGCGAAGUCAUGGCUCUAUCUGCUCGCGACAGGAGGAGGAUCAAAAGUGCUAAGGACAACCUUCCUGUCGUGCCCCCACCAGGUCCUUUGCGCGAAAACGCUACAUACGCGACUGCCCUCACAGUACCCGUUACAUCCUCUCAAAUACCCGAUGCCAUACCAACCAAUGCAACAUCACUCAGCAAGACAAACUGGGACCUGGAGAUUCGAAGACGAUACGCCGUGCCCUUGGCUUCUGAGACGCUAGACUUCCCCUCGCGUGGAGACAUCCAGGCACGCAUCGAGCCUAUAUGCUACGAAGAAGGUGUAGGCUUAUCGGCAGUACCCAUGACAUCCGCCGCUUUGCAGGCUAUAGCAGAGCUUCUUGAGACUGCCACCGAGACCUACAUCAAGGAACAGUUGACGCAUUGGUUCUCGGCAACACGCAGCAACGCUCCUGGAGACCUGGGUCCAAUGACUGCAAAGUUCAAAGCUCAGAUGCGCAGCGAAGAAGAUGCCGUAGAUCGAGGGCAGCUCAGCAGAAGCGCUGCCGGCUAUUUACCAUGUGAGCAAGAAGCUCUCGCACGAAGAGAGCCACUCAGUAUGGACGAAGUACGCAUGUCCAUGCGCUUAGACGAAACGCGACAACGUAUCGAUCCCUUCCUUGCCCAGGAAAUUAUGGAUAACGUUGAAAUGGACAUGGUUGACACACCCAUGGCAAUGACCAAUGGCGACCACCACGACGAAGAUAAUAAACAAGCCGAUGGCGAUGCCAUGAUGAUUGACGACGAUGAUGACUUGGGCUGGGAAGGCGCAACUGCCGCCGACAGAGACGAACUAUUCGGAGUACUGGAUUCUGUCCUCGCACCUGGAGGGCCCUCGUAG